AAAGGGCUUCUUCUUCUUCUCUUCGUUUUUUUUGAACUAAUAGGGGGCUUCGUUUUGAAUUCUUUCAAAUUUUCGUAAUAUAGAGCUUGUCAAAGAGAAGAAAAAAGAUCCAAUUUUUAUAUUUCACACCGAAAAGAAAAAAUUCGUCUAUGCCACGUGGGUUUUACAGAAUGCGGUUGAAUUGUUUCAGUGAUAGUAAAUUCUUCAGUUCUUCAACCCCUUUGGCUCCCGUUCCACUUCCUUCUCCAAAGGAGACACAUCUUUGGUAUGUAAUACCAAAUGAAGUGAAGGGUGAAUCUCUUCUGAACAAAUAUAUGGAAAUUCUAUCACCAUGUGAGAAAGAACAUGUGUUUAGUAUGCGCGGAGAUGAGCCGAGGAAAAGUGCUUUACUCGCUCGUACGUUGGUUAGAACCACCAUUGCAAGAUAUCAGAUAAAUUCUUCGAUCCAGCCCAGAUCCCUCAAGUUUAGGAAGAGCAUUCAUGGGAAGCCUGAGGUAGAUUGGCAACACUGUGAUCAUUGUGAGCCUCCUCCUUUGCAUUUCAACAUCUCGCAUACAUCAUCUCUGAUAGCUUGUGGCGUGACAAUAGAUUCUCCUAUUGGUAUUGACGUGGAAGCAAAGCAAAGGCCUGUAAAGCACAAUGUUUUGACUUUAGCUAGAAGAUACUUCACUGAACAUGAACUUCACGUGUUGACUGCUAUUAAAGAUCCCCAUCUUCAGCAUCAGGAGUUUAUCAAAUUAUGGACACUAAAGGAGGCAUAUGUGAAAGCAUUGGGGAGAGGUUUCUCGGGUGCACCUUUCAAGACAUUUACAGUUCGUUUUGGGAGUGCUAUUGGAGAAAGCCCUCACCUGUCUCGAGAUUCAAAUACUGAGGCAUCUGAAAUAUCAGUGGAUAUGUUUGACGAUCCCAGUGAUCUAACAAGCAAUUGGCAGUUUAUGCUCCUGGAGUUGGCUGGUUCUCAUUAUGCUGCCAUUUGCACAGAAAAGGAUGUCACAAGUGAAGGUAAUAAUAAUGGUCCUAUGAAGUUAACAGUAUGGAAGACAAUUCCAUUUGUUGAAGACAAGUGUGUUUCUGGAACAGAGGCAGUUCGUGUACUUUGUGGCUUUAGAUAAUACAUACUACAUGCUGCUUGCUCUGUUGAAAAGUUCCAUCGAUGCACUGGAUAUCUAUAUAUUGGAUACAACAUGGAAAAAAUUGUAUUCUUCCCCAUGUUUGUGAUAUAAUUUGAAAUUUGCCAACUAAAUGGUCAUUGUGUCUUCUUUUGUGGGUAGCAGUCUUUGUGUUAUGACAUGUCAACUGCAUAUUGGCAC